AUGCGCUGCGCAGAACUUCUAGAACCCAGGCCUCUCCCAGCCUACACCACCACCUGGUGUCUCUCCUCUGCUCUUAGAAAGCUGCUCCUUCCUGGACCGCAGCCCUGGAGCCUUUCUUCUCCCAGGGGCCGGCUUAGCAGUCUGCCCACCACCUCUGGCCGCAAGCGCUUCCAGCUCUGGACCAUAGGCCUACUCUGCAAUGAACAACACCUGACCCUGCGCCUUAAGAAAAACGCCUUCUACCCGUUCACCCAACAGCAGCCCAGUGUCUUCGUGCUUGAGUACUACCUGGACACGCUGUGGAAGGGGACACUGCUCUUCGUCGUCUGCCUCUUCCUGUUCUGCUUCGGCCUCGUAAGCCAGGUGCGGAACCAGGAGACUUGGGGCUUCCCCGCGUUCGGCGUGGUCGUCGGCCUGUGGCUCAUGAUUUCGUCUUUGCCGCGGCGCCGCCUGGUGCUGAACCACGCGCGUGGCACGUACCACUUCUCCAUCCAGGGCCACACCGUGUGUCAGGGCCCUUUGCAGCUGGUCUACGUGCGCCUGGCGGUCAGCUCCGACGCUUAUGGAAGGUGCUUCUUCCAGUUGGUUCUGUGUGGCGACAAGCUGGAACCGCUGGUGCUGGUGCAGCUGUCUGAGCACUAUAAGCAUAUGGAACACCUGGGCCGGCACGUUGCCUGGAUGCUCAACAUCAAUUAUUUUGACUGCUUGGCCAAGUCGUACCGGCACGUGGUCCGCCACUGGCCGCUGGGGGCCACCUCCAGCCCCGGCAUCGUGCCCCGCCAGACCGGCAGGUACAGCAAGCACACUGACCUGGAUGUGUGAUUCUGAAGGCAGGCACCCCGAUGCUCCCCACACCCUCAGGGCUACAGUCUCCCUUUCCCUGCAAUCUCCCACCUUCACGCACCGUGGUCCUUAGUCUUCCCCUCAAUAAAGCCGCCUCUUGCUUCCA